AUGGUGAAAGGGGCUUUCACCAGGGCGCGGAACUUUCCACCUCCAAUCAGCCGAGAUUUGAGGAUAGAGUUUCUUCGUCAGCGCAUGCAUCUCGAUGAAUCGUGGUCGAUCUCGCGAGGAGGUGAUGAACACAGCACGCAGGCGGCGUGCGUCGAGCUCGCCAAAACUGAGUGGGCGGGAACGGGCCGUAGGAGUCUGAGCGGGGAUUACUUUAUAACUAAAAGUAAGUUAGUUAUUUUUAUUAUUCUUAAUAAGAUAUGGUUUAUUAAGGUAUACUAUAAGCCACUGCGCCACGGGGCAAAAGAUUGGGCCAUAAUCGCUAUUGUAGCAAUUACAGAAGGUGCUUCAACUGCCUAUAGGGCUUCAAUCGCUGCUACGGGGGACCAAGCCGUAACAAUUCGAUCGGCAACCCUAGAACCGGCGUUCUAUAUACUAUUCUCGACUAGGAAGCGAUACUAA